AUGACACUGUCUUUGAUUCUUCCUUUAGUUUCGCAUCAUUUUAAUGAGAUUUCUUCUUUUCUUUAUAUUUUCUUUUUUUUUUCUUUCAUUCGUUCGUUUUUCGUCUCAUUUCUUCCAUCGAUUCAGAGUGAUUCUUUCCCUUUUGUCUCAAAUCGGCUUAAUGAGACGUUUUUCUUUCUUUCUUUCUUUCUUUCUUUCUUUCUUUCCCAUUCCCUUCCUUUCUAUCCUUCUUUCUUUAUGUCUUUCUUUCUUUUUCCCCGUUCCCUAUCUUCUUUCUUUCCCACUACCUUUCUUUGUUUCUUUCUUUCCUUUAUUUAUUCCUCAUUUCCUUUCUUUCUUUCUUUCCUUUAUUCAAUUAUUUAUUCCUCGUUGACUUUCUUUCUUUCUUUCUUUCUUUCUUUCUAUCUAUCCCAUUUCCUUCCUUUCUAUCCAUCUUUGUUUGCCUUUCUUUUUUUCUUUCUUUCUUUUUCCCCAUUCCCUAUCUUCCUUCUUUCCCACUACCUUUCUUUGUUUGUUUCUUUCUUUUAUUCAUUUAUUUCUCAUUGCCUUUCUUUUUUCUUUCCUUUAUUUUUUCUUCAUUUCCUUUCUUUCUUUCUUUAUUUCCUUCCUUUAUUCAUUUAUUUAUUCCUCGUUGACUUCCUUUCUUUUAUUCAUUUACUAGCAGGCUUCACCCGCUCGCCAUCGCUUCGAAAUUAA